AUGGCUUCAGAUGUUGAAAGGAAUCGUUGUGGCGCGAACAAUAACAUAAAUUUAAGUCCUCUGCCGCAUGGCUUUCCCAGCGGAACGUCUACGAUCACGGACGGUGAAGUUUUGAUUGAGAGCGAGUUUUUAGAGCUAGAUAACCAGCUUCAUUAUUCUAAGACAGUUCAUAUUUUAUUGACGGACGAGUUUGUUUUUGUGAAAGAAAUGCGCGACAGACGAGAUUCUGAAGCGUAUGUCUUGCAGUACGAGUCGGGGAAAACAGUUUCAAAAUUUCGACGCUCCGACGUAGUAAUCAAAGUUUGCGACGGCUGCGCUUUUACUUUUAAAGCUAAGUGGAGCAAAGAGACAUCAGUAUGGAAAACGUACGAGCUUUGCGGCAAAGAUGAAGUAUGGCCCAAAUGGUUGCGAAGUUUCAGCGUGCAAGAAACUCAAGGGCUUCAGAUGAUUCCGUCUGAUGCCAUCUGCGAAAUUGGCGACGACUCUGAUUCCGAUGACUAUAGCGAAGACGAUGAUAGCGAAGAUAUUCAAAUACCAGAGUACACUUUAACGUUGGCUGUUGAUCGAACUAUCUCUACAUGGUCUGUGUCAUUGCUCAACCCGAGCAAAGUCCGUAGACUCGCUAUUUCACAACACCAUCACGCCGCUCUUCCUAGUCUUGCAAGCUCCUGUGGAAGCGAUCUGGAGGAUAUAUUUGACAGUUUUAAUGCUGGAUCCUUGUGUAGAUCUAAUUCACAUCCUCGGCUAUCUCUUGUGAAGCCGUUCCGAUGUCCAUCGUUGCCAAAUGUUGGUGAAUUGGAGAACGUUCGCGUCGAUGCCGAUUUGAGGCCUGUGUCAUGUAGAACUCGAGGGCAUAGUACUGGAGAGGAUCCAAAACUGAGAUUAAACGCAUCAACUUUGUUUUCCCGUGAGGGAGAAAGCAUCGAUCAAAAUACAGCCCUGGCAACCUUACAACAAAGGGUGGAGGAUCUGCGGUCGCAUCCAACAAACCUGAAUUUUGUGAGAGGGGGUAAAAGGGAUGAGGCUACUUGGGAGUCCAAGACCACGCCCAAGCACCGACGUAAGCAUUCUCUCCAACAGGCCAUGGGCAAUGAGGCGAACCGUAUACCUAUGCCAUCAGAUAAACGAAGCCCUGUUUUAAACAACAAAAAGGAUUUAUUUGACGAAAAUAAAAAGUCUUCUGGUAAACAUGAGAUCAAAACACGUGAUCGUUCACUUAGUCCUAAAAAAUCUUCAGCAGGGAACUCAGACUCUUUGCCAGUUUCUAAAAGACCUGAUUUUGCAGCUGUUGUUCAUUCUGUGCUAGAAAAGGAAACCAAGACAAGUACUGCAAGACAAUUAGAUUUCAAAGAUGACAUGGCUGUCACUUUGGAGGACAGUGAUCAGCCACCGCGUAAAGAAAAAAUCAAGAGAUUCUGGUCAGUGCUUUACAAGAAGCGACCAAAAUUACGAAUGCAUGUAGCAGAAUCUGAUGAUUCCUUGAAAGAAAAUCAAACCAGUAUUAGAAAUACUGAAAGCAGUUCAUCAAGGGUUACUGAUUCUGAUUCUCAUAUUGGUCCUGGAGGAGGCACUCGCCGUGGAGGACUCAGUGGCAAUUUUACUACACCAAAUCAUAAAGUGUCAUACUUAGCAUCAGCUAAAGAAGAAGGAAUUACAACACAAACUCAAAACAAACAAGGUGGGUAAAGUAGUCUCUGCAUGGUUAUUUCCUAAAUUCUUAUUACAAUACUGUCAACUCACUUUAUCGUAGACACCCUCCAGAUGGCAAGAUAGUGUCCUUAACAGUGAGGAGUCUGUAAUUACAGGAACUUACUUGAGAGAAGCAUCUGCAGGCAUUUAGCUACUGUCUGUAAUUUUGGGGUAUUUGUAAAAGUGAGCUGUGAAGUGUCCCAAAGGCCAGAGUUGGCAGUAUGUGAUUUCAGUUUGAGAAUUUAAGAACUUAGUCAUCUCAGUAACUGUGGCCGGAAACUACUUUUUCUGUAUGAUGUGAAAGGAGGAGUGGUCAUAAAGCAAAAACAUUAAAAAUGGUAAAGGCACUUACAAGCCAUAGGGCCUAUAUAUGGCCUGAGCUUAUUCCAUUCUCUGUAGCAUGAAGCACCUACAUGUAGUAGUAUUACAUCUCUCCCUUGGUCAGAAUGUAAGGCCAUGGCAGGGUUGCUCCUAGAAGUGUACCACCAGUACCUACAUGUGCACCUGGGGGAAGAUAGGUCUUCAAAAUGAGGAAGCAAUGGGACAGAAUGGCGUGAAUGCAGAAAUCCCAAACCAAAAUGUUAGGCCUUACGAGGGAGGGUUUGCUGUUGCUUUGUCUGUCAUUUCUGAGACUGCCUGUCACCUAGUAAGUUAGGAAAUUAAAUGUCACUGUCAAACUUAAGCAAAAUGUUGCUGUCGGUUCAGCAUAAAUUUUUGUGUUACUUGAUUUUGGAAUUUACAUUAGAUAUAGCGCCUGGAAAGAAAUAACCUUUCUCCCUGGAGGGAUCAUUCUUCAAUGAUACCAACAUUAGAAAACAAUUCAAAGAAAAUAACAGGAAAUUCAAGAAAAGCUUUUGAAAUAAUUAAAGAGAGAUUGUUAUUUCCCUACCAAAACAUCCAAAAUGUACCGGUAACAGACAUCAGAUGUCGCUUUCACUAAAAUAGAUUGACACUGUCAGAAUUCUUUCCUCCUUUUCUGUUGAUGGUCGGUUCUUUCUGAGAAGUUUGCUGCCAGUUUUCAGGGCCAUGUCACCUGUCACCUCCACUCCAGGAGGAAUCAACAGGACUGCAAGCAAGUUGCUUGCCAAAAAAAAAAAAUUCAACAGUUGUAACAGCUAGUGCCUGAUGUACAUCCUAGUUAAACUCUAUAUAAACACCAGACAACAGCAGUUCCAUGGAUGUCUGAUAUUACAGUUCAUUUUAAGCAAUUGUCCCAGAUACCACUACAUUUUCUGUAUUGAGCAUUCUAUCUUAAUAUUUUACAAUGACUUUGUCUCCCUGGAUCUGAAAGAAUACUUCGGGUUUUUUUUUAUUUUGUGUGUGUGUCAGAUUUAACAUUAGGUUAUUUAAUUUGGAUAUUUUGUCACUGGCUAUUAAAAAUAGUAUUAACAUAUUACAGCAUAUAGACUGCUGUUAGCAAAGAACCAUGCAAGAGUUUUGCUUUCUGUAUAGCUAAAGAGUUGUAAUUCUUAACUUUUUUUACCCUAUUGAUUGCAGCUCAUGAGAGCAUUUUUUUAUUUUUCAAAAUGUAUUUCUUUUACGAAACAUUUCAGAACUUUUAAUUUAGAAAAAAAGCACAUGAUAUAAUUAUACUGUUUAUUAAACACAAGCUUGAUGUUGGUAUGAGUUAAACCAUACAGAGGAACUUUUCUUAGUGAAUUUUGAUGUGCUGUCUAAGGUUAUAUUUUGGUUUCUGAGAAAGUGAAGGGUUGAGCUGAAAAAAUUCCAGUAUAUCAAUAGAACGUAUCUUGUAAUUGUCUCUUGAAUCAUUGAUGUAAAGAAAAGGAAACUGUUACAAGAAGUAAGUAUUCUGUCUUUAUUAGAGAAAUCGGUCUUUUUUAGUUAUUUAUUUAUUCAUUUUUGGCUUACUGUUUCUUAUUAAUCGCUCUACUGCUUUUGUGUUGCUUCUUUGCUGGUUCAUCGCCCCUCUAUUGUUUCAUUCAUUUAGUUUGAAUAAUAUUUUAUUAAUGCUGCCAGAUUGCUGUUUUUCAUGGGUGCUCAAAUGUUAAGACAAAUGCAGCAUUGUAGUAUUUUGUUGUUGAAUUUUUACCUCUUGUUUUAUCUCUUGUUAAUGCGUGCAUUUCUGACAUUUUAAUUUAAAUGCAAAAGUAUAAUGUUCAUUUUUAAUCCUUUCUCUUCUAAUAAUGACCAAAGUAAAAAAUUUACCAAAGAAAUAAAUUUCUUCUUUUUCUUCAAAAAAGUAAAAAAGUAUUAAUAGUACUAUGCGGAUGUUGUGCUGAAGAGGUUUCAUUUGAAUGGUAAUGCCAUUGGGAUUUCAUCUACAAACUUGAAAGUCAGAUUGACUUAUAAUUAUUCUUUCCUUACAUCCUUUGCUUACAUCAAUGAAAAUCAAUGAAAUAGUUGUGAAUUUUCACAACAUGUCUUCCAUUUGCCCUUGGCUCCUUUGUUCACACUCAGAUUGUCGCUAUUCUUCCCUAAUGUUGAGGCACAUGUAUUUAGAUGCAGAGAGAUGACAUUGAUAACCAAAUCAACAUUGGCAAAGGGAAAUCAACCAAAUUAUUUUAAAAAAAUUGAUGACUAUUGUAGGAGUGACGAGCUUUACUACAUGGUUUUACUAACGUGAUAAAUCCUUACAGCUAUAAAAUUAUAUGGGGAAUGUCAAGGCUUGCGUUAGGUACAACAUAUUGGGAAAAAAUUACCCUCUCCUAAUAAAUAUAAAUAAAACAGCUUUCCUGUUUCUCUAUUUUAUCCACAUAAUCCACCAAGGAAAUAUAUUCUGUAUAGUAUUUACAAGUGUGUUUAAUCUUUUUCCCUGUGGUAUGAGACAGUAUUUUUGUCAGUUAUUUGGGUUCCGUGUUCCGGUAUAUUUGUUUUGGAGCCCCUAACUGUAUUUUUAGAUUUUUCUGUUAACGAGAUAAAUGUUCCAUGUUUGGCUAGCUAGCUGUAUACAACAGUCAGUGUAUACCUAACUUUCCAAAAAAAAAAAAUUAGUUAGAAUUAAACAUUUACUUGAUGAGAUUGGUUUGUAAUUAAGUUGUGUGAAACCUUGUAAUAUUACCUUGUAUUGUAUUAAACCUUGUAUUAUAACAUUUAACUUAGAAAUUGGCCUAUAUGCUGUCAUUCAAGUCUUUUUCUAAGGAAUUUUUAAGUUAUCUUGACACUCACAGCAAAAAACUCUCCAAAUGUUUUUGUUGUUAAUGGUAUGUGACUGCACGUGCAGUAAUCAUUUGGAUUUGGGGUAUGCUUUUUUGAGCUCCAAAUCUUAUCAGUAGGUUAUUUUAUCAAGGAAAAAGCCAUAUGCCAUUUAUAUUAAAAUUUGUUAAAAUUAACCGUUUAAGUAGUCACGUUAGCUUGCAGUUGUUUGAAACCAUGCAAGAAUAAUAUAUUUAUUUCUCUUAAAAUUGGCCUAUAUAUUGUCUGUGGUCUUUUCCAAAUAUUUUGGUUUGUCUCAGGAAUUGUCAAGAUAUGUUGAAGCUUAGGGCUAAAAAAGACUUCACUUAUUAGGUUUUUUUGGUAUUUAAGUAUUCUAAGUGUUCCUGAUCCUCAAUUAGUGGUUAAUCCAAGAUCAGGGAAGAUGACACAUGCUGGUAUUUUGUGGGCGAUUCCCUGCAGACUGCGUGUUUAGGGUCACAUUAUGUAAUGACAUCAUAUCACCAGGAAGCCUUAUUGAAUGCCAAUAAUGUUCACUCGUGUUUGGUUGUAAGGGUCAGACAAUGCUGUCCUCUGUUCAGAAAAACAGACAGCACAAAAUGAUGAUUUUUGAUGAGGGAUAUUUUGGAAAGUUACUCAGUUGAUUCUAACAGAACAAGUCUUGACUACUGAUUAUUGGCUAAUAAUAUGUUUUGGUUUGCCUGUAAUAUUGAUGUAAAGAAAGCAAUACUAGACAUACUCUGAAAUAAUGAUGCACUUUGUAGGUGAAAUCAAUACUAGUAGAUUCUAGCAUUCCUGACAAGAUUAAAUGCCACAUGUGUGAGGUCAUCAUCCGGAUGUAUGGUGUAUAAACAAACUAAGUUAGUUGCUGGUUUCAGUUUGUACCAAGCACAAUUCAGCCCAUUCUAUUUCUUUUUCGUAUGGUUCAACCAGCCAGUUCUUUCAAUAUGGAUUCUUAAGAUAAGAGCUUUGCUGUCCAAUGUUUGAAAGAGAUAUCUUUAGCUCGUUUUCCCUAAACAAUAUCAAGAGUCUUGGAGGCAUUAGCAUGUGGUCUGGGUCAAAGAAGAAAUAUGUCCUCAACCAGUCUUGUGUGGAGCUUUUCAGGGACCCAACACUUUACCAAACUCCUUCCAAACACAAAGAGAAUCCGUUUUGCUUUUCCAUUCCUGCUUCUUACUUCAAUUUUGAUCUUGGAAAAGGUAAGGAAUUUCUUUAAUCAGUUUUUUCAUUCAGAACAAAAUUGUAAUUUUACCGAAACAGAGCAAGACAAUAUGAUUCCUUGGUAUUGUUAUUCCAAGGAAAAGUGGAAUUUGGUCAUUUUGUGUGGUUUCUCUAUCAAUGUGACAUUUAAUCCAUGUUUUUCACUGUGUUUUCUAUUUUUUCCUUGUUGUUUCUAAGGUAAAUAUUAUGGUGUAGACAAUUCAUUUUUACAGUUGAUGGAAUUUGUAACAGAGGCUUGUGCUUAUCACUUAGCAUGGCAUUCUCAUAAUUACCUAAUUAUGUAGCAUAGCUUGUCUAGAGUUACAAUUUUUAGAUCAUGAAUAUUAUAGUAAUUCCUUGAACAGCAGGCAUCUUUGCUCGAUAGUCUGUGGAAAUUCUUGAAGUCUUUGUCAAUGUUUUGUCACCUAGGAGUUAUAAAGAUAUAGCAAAGGAAAAUCAAUAUUAUGCCUACUGACCUAUUUUUGUAAAUAGUGCUUAAGAAGUAAUAAAUUAUUAUCAAAUUAUUAAUGCUACCUUAGAACUUUUAUUAAACCUUAUAUCACAGGUUAUACCUAGCUGCACUCCAAAUUUAGGUUCAUUUCUAAUAACUUAUUUCCAUUGCCUUUUUUAGGUUAAGCUUAGUUUAAAAAUCUAUUAACCACUGUACAAAUAACAAGAAGAAAAAUAAAUUACUAAAAAAUAAUGAAAUAAAUAGAUAAAAGUACAAUAUCAUUAGUAAAUGAAAGCAGUACGGAGAAACUGAAUUCCCAUACAGAAUUUUAAGUUAACCUCUUAAAUAAUGUAUUUACUAUGUCUUUGCUUGUUUUAUGACAUAUGCAAAUAUUUCUGAUGUUUUUUUUUCAGAUAUAACAUCUGUUGACAUCACUCCAGUUGGGAAGUCACAUUUCUCUUACAGUGGUAAGUGAGGUUCAUUUUGUCUUAUGUAAGGCGAAGGAAGAAGACAAUUACCUGUUCCUGCUACGCAGACUAAAUCCGCCUCUGAAAAUCUUACUUUUUGUAUCAUUUAUUUUUUGAUCAAAAUAAAUAUAUAAAUUGUAAAAGAGCAGACGUAAGAUAUCAGCAUCAGUAAUAGAUAAAGCUUGCCGUGGAGUUUUAAAAUUAAGGAGUGGGAAAGUGUUGGAUUCCAGCACUUAAAAUCAAGAAGAAAACACCAAGUAGAAAACUUUGCCGCUAUCUUAUAUUUUCUUCUUUAGCUUAAUUCUAGCAUUUUUUUUUAGUGGAUAUACAUACCCAAAGAUAUAAUAAGGUCUCACAUAUCAUUAAUAUUCAUUUAAGGUUAGUUGCCUUGGCCUUGAUAAUUUGGUGUCAUUAGCCAUCUGAUUAUUCUGAAACUUUAAGUACAUGAUGGAGUUGAAUCUGAAGUAUCAGUAGCUUUUAGGUUAGCUAAGGCUUUUAAUGCAAGAUACAAUGUUCAAAUUGCAACUUUGUUGUUGUUUUGUUUUGUUUUGCUUUAUCAAUACCCUUUUGGUGAAAUGUUUUUCAACUUGGUCAAAAAUUAAAAAAAAUAGGGGUUGAUUAUCUAUUCAUAAGAUCUAAGGCAUCAGAAGGUACUAGCAAUCAUUAAUUCAGAAUAAUCUGCUUUGUUAGCUAAUUCAUGCGACUUCGGUCUUACAGAAGUCCUGUGGUUUACCGUGCUGAAUAAAUUGUUUCUGCAUGCUUCUCAUGUAGAGAACUUGAAGUUUCGAUUGAACUUCAAGUUUUGCCUAAUUUCAGUGAGCUGCACAAUAGUUUGUGCAAGCUGGAUGAAAGCCUUAAGUUUCACUGAUAUGAUAGCCAAAGUAGCGCCAAUAAGCAGCUGUAUUUUUUCAAAAAAUUUUGUUAUUGACCUUGGUAGUUAUCAUUAUCUUUUAUUAUUAUUUUCUAGUUUGAGUGAUAGUUUUAAGCCUAAGGCGUUAACAUCCCAGUUUAAUUUUUUUGUAUUAUGUUUGAGGCCUUGAACUUUCUUCAGCUUAGAUGUUUCUCGUUGCUGACAAAACAAAAUACGUGACUUUUCUCCAUUUUGUAAAAUAUUUUUAACGAAUUAUAUCGUUUUCUUUUUUAAAAGCUGUAGGGAAUUUUUUGUGGUUAUAGCCCCCCUUAUACGAAUCAGUGAUCCAUCUCUAAUUCUAAUCUAUGCGCGAUAGGCUUCUUUCCGCGCCAACUUUCUAGCAAAUACCUUUUAGAUGCAUAUUUUAAAAUUUGUUAUUCCAAAAGUUGUUUUUAUUUAAAUUGUUUUGGACUUCCUUCUUUCCAGAAAAUAACCUUCACUGGGACAAAAAAAGGGUAAUUUUUAGUUUCUCCACUUUUGUCUGAGGUUAAAUGACAGUUUUGUGGAAAAAAAUUCACAUGUUGCGUGACUUCUGAUGGUGGCUGUUUUGUCUUGUGGUAAGAUAAGGCAAAAUGCCAGUUUGAGCCAACUUCCGCUCUCUCCGUUAUGUUCGACCUUUCUUCUGUUCUCCCGUCAAACAGCGUCAUUCGGUAAACAGGAUUAAAAAUCCCUUUGUUCGCCAACUAAUGAUUCUCGUAUCCCUUAGAAAUAUGAACAACUUCUGUUUUUUUUCGUGACGUAAGAAUUUUCAAGAUCGUUCUAUACAGAUGACAGCAGGCAUGUUAACUAUUGUUAUUCGAUUUCCUCCCUUUUGACUGACUUUUUGUCUCUCUUCCAAGUCUUAACAAUGAAAUUAAUAGUUCGUUGCCCAGACCAGUACCGCUUGAUCCAAUAAUGUCUACAGUUGUUUUGCUGCUUCAUCGCGUAGUUGCACGACCUCGCAGUAAGUUUAUUUAUAAAUCUCUACUUGCUAUUUGGUCUUUUAACGUUUGCGGUCAGAGAUUUUGUCAUUACGUUAUUCAAAUCGAAAACUAUUACCUUUCGGCCGGCCGUAGAACUAAUUGCUCUUGCCAACAAUUUUUUCCUUUAUGUAUUUCAGUCGAAUUGUUGUUCUGUUCAGACGAGCCAAGUGGAAUUUUUUUUUUAUUUGGGAGAGACUUCCUUGUGUUAUCAUUCGUUUGGCAUUUCAAACACGGUAAUUUUCCCUGUUCCUAUUCUUUUUCCGAUUCACCGCAAUUUCCUUUCUUUCCAAUUUACUCGAAAUCUUUAUCCUAGGCGAGUCACGUAGGAAUCGAACUGUACAAGUACUGUUGUACAGCGUGGAAUUUAGGCCCAGCUUGGUUGCUUAGAACAACUUAGACGAUCCCUUGUGAAAAAAACGUUCAUAUAGUGGAACCAGGAUCACGCCUCACUUGGUUAUGUCAAAGAAUCAACAUCAUUACACAACAGUAAUGUUCAAAAGCGUUCAUUUAUUAUAUCCUGAGACCUGUAUCAAGCCGACCCGUUAUUAAGCCUAAACCCUGUAUCAAGUUACACAACAUCAAUAAAUCUCAACUUUUACUUCCAAUAUUUUUUGCAAAAGCGACUUGAAUAAAGUGGACAAUACCUGCACGACACUAGCGAGUGUACUGUGGACGUCCACUUGGUACAGUCAUAUUUCGCCGUGCUUUUUAUUUAUAUGCUCAUACUUAAUGAAGGACAGACGUUUUGACCGACCGUCUUGCACAAUAUAAAUGACGGCACAGUAUUAUCUGAGGAGUUCAUUCAUGCAAUCGACAGUUAUAUAACUUCUUUUCAUGUACAGAGCGAAAAAAGAAGGUUCUAGGUAUGAUUUCGCGUGAAAGAUAUCCCAGCUUUCGGACGAAAAAGUGACACUGCUCAGCUCUUCAAUUAGUUUCUUUCUAUUAAUUGAACUUCUUCAGUCUGUUGGUGGUCUUUUUUCCACUAGCAUUAAUUGUUGGGGCCGCAAGCGGCGGCCACGACAAGGCUUUUUUAUAGAGCGUCUAGACUAGCCUGCGAACCAAAUUGUUGAUCAUGUUGAUACCGCGGCAUUGCCGGAAGCACUUAACUGGAGCUAAGCUAGGGCGUUUAUCGCUUUUCCUUUGUAAAUUAAAGCGAUUCCGACUUCAAAACAAUUUGAUUAUGCUUGUGCAUUUAUAAAAAGCGAUUUUUCAAACAAACAGCGACGCCGGCUGCUUGAGGCAGCAUGCAAGAGAUGCGAGCUUCUUACGAUGUGUUUGUUAACAUUUCAAUUUGUUUAUCCCUCAUUGUAGGAAGUAUGAGAAAGAAAAGGCUAGUCAAGAAAAUCCUAUCGCCUAUCUUUAAAUCAAACUCCCAAGAAGAAGAAUUUAGUAACCAGGUAACUAGUCCAGCAGGCGAGGCUCCUCAGACCCCUGAAGCCGUCGAUGGCAUCCUCCCAGAUCUCUCUCCGCGACUGGUUGAUAUAGAUGCAUCGCUGUUUGCGCGGGAAAUCACGCUCAUUGAUAAGGAGCUUUUCAUUAGGAUUCCGUGGCCAGAGCUAGCGAACUGUGGCUGGAUGACGAAAGACAAGGUAAAGUUCCUUUUCAUACGAAAAACAAGUUCACACCUAUGGGUACUGGGGUCCAUUUCUCGAAAGUCCCGUUAACUUUUCGGGCCCGAAAUCAAAUAUUCAAUUCAAAAUCUGAAGAAUAAGAGUGCAGAUCCUAGCUAAUAAACCAGUAACUUUUUGUUUUGUUAACCGGUAGCUUCAACAUAUUGCUUGCAAAGCUGUUGAAACCUCGAUCUUGAAUGUAAACGGCAACAGCUUUUCUGGCCCACCAGUUAUCGAGUCUAUAGGGAACGGGCCCCUGGGAAUCUUGCGAGUGAGGAAAAUCUAUUUUCGCGCUCAUUUCGCUGAUUUGGCACAGGUUAAGUUCGACUUCGGAAACAUGCCUUCCUUUUUGUUGACGAAUAUUUUAAAUUAUGUUAUUGACUUGUCUUCUUAAAAGUGUAUUUAAUGCGAUUUUUGGAUCCCAUUUCAGUACGUCACCUCGCCAAACGUUAUGGCUAUGGUAGAGUUCUUCAACCGCGUGGCACUUUUAGCAGCUUCUGAAAUUUUAGCCCAAGACACAACUUGCGGACGAGCGAGGGCGAUUUCUAAAGUUAUCCAGGUAUUUAUCUAAAAGUUUAUAUAUCCAUGCUUCUGGGGAGACUCACUACGCUUUUUUUUCCUUGUUGCUCGCGCUAUUUCCGCCUGCGCUUCACUACUAAUCGCCUAGAACAGGCUUGUAAUAACAAUGUAAUCUGAUAAAUAUUGUCCGAAUCCAAUUUUGCCACCGGCAACACUUUGUCCCGCCUUUAAUCAUAACUAUUAAAAAAAUUCUUAAAUCUGAUUGGCUAUCAACUGUUCUGAUUUCAGUACUAAUAGGAUAGUGUAAUAGGAUAGUACGCGUCAGGCCUAAGUAAUAGGCCAUUUCCGAGUUCCCACGGGCCUUUGAAUCAAAGUGAGGUUAAGUGCUCCGCCCUUGAUAUGAAACAUAAUCUUCAUUCUCAUGCAAAUAAACCUCAUUUUUACAAGAAAGGUUGUGCACUUGCCCUCAUUUUGAAAGUGACGGUUUUUGGAACUCGGAAGUGACCUAUUGGACAAUACGCGCCAUUCUGCACGAGCUUUUGAAUGGCUUUUUAUUUGUUCAUAUAGCAAAAAAAAACUCUAGGAAGAUCCUGUGUUUCAAUUUUGGAAAAGCUUAAGAUAUAACAAAUUUUGUUUUAGUGUCGUCUAAUUCUGGUCUGUUAUCAUACCCGUGAUUAAACGAAACAGACUCCCCCUUACGCGGUCGUCCGAUUUUGUUAAUCACUGGUAUGAUUACAGACCGAACUGGACUCCUCUCAGUCCUGUGACCAUUAUUAAUUAAACUCGGUUGCGGCUUUUCCGCGCUUUUCCUUUCAUAUUAUCUCUCGUCCAUUGUAACCGAUUUCUACUGUUUGUUUGUUCUUGUUGUUGUUGUUCCUUAUUUUAUAAAGCGUGUGUAUUUUCAGCUAUAAAGAUCCUGUUUGACUGAAGUCGCGAAUAUAUUAAGAAACUCAUGAUUAAUGUUGUUUCUAGAUCGCCGAGAAGUGUCAUCUUUUAGGAAACUUCAAUUCAUUAAAAGCUUUGUUGGCUGGUCUCCAGUCCACGCCGGUCUACAGAUUAAGAGAGACGUGGAAAGAAGUGCCUUCAAAAAGAAAAAAGUAAGCCACCCUUCCCAUUGGAUAAUUAACUAUUUUUAGGCUAUUGUAACGGUAAUGUUUUAUCGUACCGAAAAGUUUCGAAAGUGAUAACCCUUGGGAGAAAACGACCCCCCCCCCCCCGGGGGAUCUCCCCUUAUUUGUCAAUACUCAGAAAGAGAGAACUCAAAGAUCGGCUGAAAUGCUCAUCACAGACAGAUAAUUGAGACAGAUAAUUGUAAAUGGCUUUAACUCAAAGAUAAUGAACGUUAGUGGCUUGAUCUAAAUACUUGUUUUGCUUGAAAAUUCAUUUUGUGUUUUAAAAUUGUCGUUCUUAGGUCUUUAAGUUAUCCGUUAUCGGUUAUUCUCGGUUACUCAGAGUUUCAACAUUAAUAAAGCGAAAUUUCACGGAGGACAUUUGUGCUGACGUUAUUUUGAUUAUGUCUUAAAAGUUACCAGUUCCCUGAAAAUAACAAACCUCUUAAAAGUAACCCCAUGCCCCAUCCCCUCUGCUGAAGGUAGCGAUUCUUGUUGUUGUUGUUGUUGUUAUUGUUGUUUUGGAGCUCUUGUUGUGGCAUAUUUAUUGUUAUUUCCUUGCCUUUCUUAGGAAAUUUCGUGACCUGUCCAUUCUCAUGGGAGAAAGCGAAAAUUUUUCCUUAUACCGCUCAGAACUGUCCAGCUGUUUAGAGAAUGGUGCGUGUUUGCCAUUCCUUGGGAAUUUCCUGACUGAAAUUGCACAGACAAACACUUACCUGGCUUACAGAAAGAAAAGAACGUCGGCGAGAGGAAAACAGUCUCCUCAUAUACAGAGGAACUCUGUGAUGAUCGACCGCACUGAUGGAGCUGUGAUAAAUGGGGAAACUCCGAGACGGAAUGGAGUGACUGCGCACAGAUGCGACGAAGACGCGUCUCCGCGUAACACGCGUGAGAAAGGAAAUGUAACGUUAGAAUCGAGAGAUAAGCGUCACGCAAAGGUUAAGCGGACGCCGUCACGCAGCAGACUAUUCAAAUUUCGACAAAGCAUCAGUGACAGUGGUGUUAUGUUAAAUCGCAGUAGGAACAAUAGUGCUGAAGUAUUGGAUAUUCCUGAUGGUAACUUACAAAACGGACUUAAUGCGAGUACUGAUUCAGUCAUCACCAGUACAAACUCCCUUAACGAGAACUCGAGCCCUCGUAACGUUACCAGUGGUAACUGCAGCGUGCGCACGCCCAGUAGACCUUCGCUAUUUAGGAGGUUAUCAGAAACAUCACCUCCUAAACAGAACGGAUCACCUUUAUCACUCAAAACACCGAAGAGGAGAUUGUCGGAGACUAAAACAGGAGAAACUCGGCGCUCGUUUCUCAAGGGACUUGUCCGAAGGACUCCGAGCAGUCAGUCUGUGAAAGAAGGUCGAGUAUCGCGAGGACCAUCUUCGGAAAAGCUUACAAUGAGUCUUAGCACUCUUUCGGUGCAGACCGAGACCUCGAACAGUAUGAAAGCGUUCGCGGAUAGACUCGCCAAAUCUCAAAGUAGUCCGUCUGUCAAAGAAGAUGUCCUGGGCGGGAGACUCAGCCCUGACUCUCUCAAUAGAUCACCUGAGGUCAACGUCAAACGCUCGUCUAGUCAUAACUCAUUGGUGGAGGAUUCGUCAAAUGGCAGUAAUUACGAUAUACAAUCAGGUUAGUUAUCAAACAGAAUUGUUAUCUUCAUAAACAGGGACUACCAUUGGUUGAUUCUUGGUCACGUGGCCUUGACGAAAUUCAAAUGUAUCCCGAUAGUAAUACAACAGCAGGUGAUCGAAGCGUGGUGAAAAGUGGCGUGAGAAAACACUGCCAGUUUUCACUUUCGUUAUGAACACAACAACACAAAUAUGCAGGAGCAUCAAGCUUAAAAGCAACGAUUUUCGAAGUUGUCCAAGAAGAGAAACAGCAGGUCGAAAAAGAAUGAGCGACAUUUUUUUCAGUCAUUCACUCUUUACUCUUUGUCGCUGUUUAAGUUAAAGUCUAGGAAUGUAACAAAACCCUUCCUUCUCGGGAAACAUAAGGACUCUCGGGAAUACAAGACUGUUUCUUACCUAACCAUUCAAAUUACGUUUGUGUUUUCUCGACCAAUCAGAUGCGCUUUUUCGCUUGCGUCUCCCCAAAUGCUUUCCCGCGUUUCUGACUCCACCUCUUCUCUUUCGCUUUUCACCAGCUAAGCGUUGUGUCAGCGCAUGUUUUUCUUUUUGGGAAAAAUUUCGGAAAGGCUGAGCACCAACUUUGGCUCUGAGGUUUCUGUGGCUCUAUUUGGUUACUAAUAAAAGCGCUGCUUGGUUAAUGGUUACCUGUGUAAAAAAGCGGCCUAUCAAAACUUACUCUCAUUACGCCAAGUAUGUCAGAAACUUUUAUACUCAAAUCUGGCUCCCAGUCUCCUUGAGGUCUCUGGAGGGAGGAAUAUCUUAUUAGAGAGCUUUAGAUUCUAAGACGAGGUCGACGACGAGAACGAGAUUUUACUAAGUAAAAAUACUAAAAGUACUAAAUAGCACGCGCUCGUGGACCAGCGUUAUUUUGGCGGGAAAACGUGAUAGCCGUUGUCAUUCUGCUACGAGUUUUAGCGAGAAUUACGUAGUGGCGGAAACAAGUUAUCAAAUGUUAGAAGUUUUAUCAUUUUGCGAUUGGGAGAGGGCUAAACCUUCCUUAAUAAACCGUUAACUUUUCUGGUGGAAAAAAGUUGAAAUGAUACUUUCCUGGGUUUCUCUUUCUCGAGAAAACGCGAAAAAACGUUUUAGUUAAAUCUCGUCCUCGCAGUCGUACUCGUCCUUGAAUCUAAAGGUCUUUAUUACUAUCACUCCUGAUUUUCAUUUCAAAUCUUUUUUAACCCUUUAAGUCCCAAUAUCCACAUACAAAUUCUCCAAACUGAUCUCCAUACAUUUUCUUGAAGAAUUGGUUGAGAGAAUUUGGUAAAAGAUCAAAUAUUUUUCUCUUUGUGAUCAUUUUGUUAAUUCUCAUAGACUUUGCUCAUGAUAGUCCAUGGAUAUCGUUAGGAGAAAAUUGAUUUUGAGCACCAGUGGGACUUAAAGGGUUAACGAUCCUUGUUUGUUGUUAUUUCAGGGACAGAGAAACAGUUGUGGGCUUACCAGAUUGCAUCUAUCCAAUAUGACUUUGUAAGCCGACCCUUCGUGCGGCACUUUCUUUUAAACGAAUCCUUUAAUUCCGAAGAAGAUAACUACAGACUGUCUUUGAAACGAGAAUCCCCGACCAGAAAGAGUGACAGCUGAGCUGACUGAUACGUACGACGGGCUGGACCAAGUAUCAGCUGAACCCUUCCAAGCAUGUUUCGCUUCUGGGAGACUUCGCUACCUCAGCUCUUCUCAUUGCAAUAAAUCUAAAUCUUUCUUCUUUCCCUUGGUUCAUGGAAAAAGCAGUUUGUGGUUAAACAAUAUAAUAAUUUGAUGGUCGAUAAAAAAAAUACUCUCAUAUGGUAUUGUAGGUUUUUGAAUUUAAUUUUUGCAUUCCCCUACUCGCGCGAAAAAGAUCCAAACGAAAAAUUCAUCACAAAAAUUAUAUCUUCUAAAAUUGAGAUCUUAUAGGUGAUGACAUAAUUUGACAUUGCGAACUGCAAAUGCAACCAUCCUUGAGACCCAGUAGAAUGGUAAAAUUUACAAAGGUGUAUAUAUUACGUCUUUUUCUUGGUAAAGGCCGCUAGUAAACGAAACUGAACUGAACAGAAAUCUCAGACAUUUGUUUUUCGUGUCCAUCGAGACUAUACUUUCGACUUUAGUGAGGUUAUUUAUUUUAUAAUAAUUUAUAACGUUAAAACAAAGAUAUUUUAAGUUAAUUGGAUGGUAUUUUUACAUUGAAUGUAUCGCGAACGGAUCCUUCGGAUUUACGCAUAUCAGUCUCUUUGUUCGUCUAUUUUAAUUCAAAUCCUCGUGCCUUCACUUCAUACAACGCUUAUGUUGUGUUUUUAAGAAAUUGUAAAUAAUC